CCUCUCCUCUCCUCUCUGCUCUCGGUAUCAUUCCUCCAUCUUUGUCGUCAUUGUGAGAAAGCCUGGGAGUGGCAGGAAGGCGGAGAGGCAGAGGGAAAAGAAGAAGACAGUUGAAGAAGAGCCGUUGAGGAUUUUCCUAAAUAUUUGCUCAGCAUCCUUCCACAGCAGCAUGGCUGAGGGCUCAGUUUCUGUAGCAGAGGUGCAGAGCUCCUUCUACAAGUUUGCAGUCCAUGGAGACACCAAGGCCACAGGGAAGGAGAUGAAUGGAAAGAACUUUGCCAAGCUCUGCAAAGACUGCACCAUCAUCGAUGGCAAGAACGUCACCACCACAGAUGUUGACAUUGUUUUCAGCAAAGUCAAGGUGAAGUCAGCUCGUGUGAUCACAUUUGAGCAGUUCAACCAGGCCCUGACUGAGUUGGCUCCCAAACGAUUUAAAGGCAAGAACAAAGAUGAGGCACUUCAGCAGCUCUAUGGUCUCAUUGUUGGGAAAGAACCCACUAAUGUCGGAGUCACUAAAGUAGCAAAGGCAGCAGCAGUGGACAGACUGACUGACACCACUAAGUACACCGGCUCACACAAGGAGCGCUUCGACGAAUCAGGCAAAGGAAAAGGGAAGUCCGGGCGCGAGGACAUCCCAGACACCAGUGGAUACGUGUCUGCUUACAAGGGCAGCGGCACUUACGAUGACAAAGUGAAAGAAGCAUAAUCCUGCUGAGAAUCUACACAAACUUUGCUUCACCAAUAACCUGAAGCAAGGGUCCUAAGAGAACAACAUGUAUUGCCUUCCCUGUUUUUAAAGACAUAACAAAUGAGGAAAACCAUUUAAUGGAAUGCAGCAUGUGUAACUAAUCCUGUUUUGUAUAUUUUGUGUUGUUUUACAGGGACCGAAAGACACUAUUUGCUUUGCACUAUGCACUAACACUGUGCCUUAUUGUAGCUGCUGGUGUAAAUGCUCUGAUAGAAUGUGCUGCUUUGCUCAUUUGCCUUAAUGCAACAGUGGUUGACUUUGCUGGUUCCAAAAAAAUGACACAACUUUCACUCACUAAGCUUUAUAUUUCAAUAUGCUCUGCUACAUGACCAAUCAGUGUUUAUUGUUAUCCAUAUCAUGGAAUCUAUUCAUAUCAUUAAAUGCAUUUUU